GAGAAAAGAGCAGCGUACUUGAAGUAGCACGUGAAAUCGUGGAAUACUACCUGGUAAGAACGCCUGGUGCGGUAAUCGAGGAGAAAACCGCUGGACUGUGCUUAAAUUACGGAAUGGCCAGGAGCUUCUGUGUUGGUAGGCUCUACACACUCUUGAGGAGAGUAGGUGGAGAGAAUGUCCAGCUGGGAAAGAUGAGAGUUGAGCUAAAGGCAAGCACAAAGGACCAUAUCUGCGAAACACUUGACCCUGCUAUUUGCGUGGGCGAUGACCGGACAGACGAGGACAUGUUCAGGGUGUGCAAAGGCAUCUCAAUUAAAAUAGGAGAGGGGGAGUCGCAUGCCAAUUUCUGCAUUAAGGAUGUUGAUGGGUUACUUGAUUUUCUGUCUGCACUGGCGGAAUGA